UGUUAAAAUAAACAUAAAGAAGAAGAUUCAUUUGCAGAUCCCAAACACAGCCACAUCCUGAUUCUUGUGAAGUCUUAUAUUCACACCUAUUUAGCAGCCAAUCACAUUCAAUGUUUUGUAUUGUCUGCCUAAUAUGGCACGCCUAUUGGUGGUAAGACAUCUAUAAAAUGUUCAGUACACAACUUCAUACUAGAACAUAUUCUGUAGUCGGUCGUCUGGUAAUAGUAGUUGAGACCGUGGUAGAACAUGGAGAUGUCAGAGGAUAAGUAUGCCAAUAUGGACCAGUUAUGUAACAAAGGGGUGAGCAAAAAUGAGAAUGAAGAUGCCAUCGCCUCUCAGGACUCAAGAGAAGAGACCAAGAAGGAUGCCACCUCUAAGGACAGACCAGUUGCUAACCCCUCAAGUUAUGAUAACUCAGGUAGGAGACCCUCCAGAGCUGCUGCAGUUUGUCUGGGGAUGCUGUGUGUUCUCCUACUGGCUGGGAUUGUAGGUCUGGGUUUCUACCACAAGAAUAUCAUCAGUGGGUUUGAGGAUUGUAAAGUCAGCAACAUCAACCUAUCUACGAAAAAAGACCAGUUAGAGAUCAGCUUCAACACCAUAACUAAUGAGAGAGACCAGCUACAGACCAGCUACAACACCAUGAAAAAGGAGACAGACCAGCUACAGACCAGCUACAACACCAUGAAAAAGGAGAGGGACCAGCUACAGACCACCUUCAACACCAUGACCAAGGAGAUAGACCAGCUACAGACCAGCUUCAAUAACCUGGCUAAGGAAAGUGACCAGUUGAAGUCGGCGAGAGACAGGCUUCAGGAGCGCUUUUCUGACCUAAAACAAACUGGGCCUAAAGGCUGGACGCUGUUUCAGUCCACUUGGUAUUACAUCUCCUCUGAGGUAAAAUCCUGGGAUGAGAGCAGACAAGACUGCAUUGAGAGAGGAGCAGACCUGGUGAUCAUAAAUAGCAAAGAGGAGCAGACAUUUCUCAUUAAUCUGAACAAGAGGAUCUGGAUUGGCCUGACUGACAAAGACAUAGAGGGGACCUGGAAAUGGGUGGACGGUACCAAACUGACCACAUCCUAUUGGACGGGAAAGCAACCUGAUAAUGGUGAUGGGGAUCCAAGAUAUGGGGAGGAGGAUUGUGCUGAGAUAGUUAUGGGGUGGAUGUGGAAUGAUAUUUCAUGUGCAAAUCAUUACAAUUGGGUCUGUGAGAAGGUUGUUUAACAGUGUUAUAAUUUAUUGCAUGUGUAUGUACCAGAUGUGCGUCCCUGAUUUUGUAUCAUGAAGUUUUGAUAUGAGCAAGGAAAUGUUUUAGAAAUUUGAUAAGAAGCUUCAAAGAAAUGACUCUGAAAUGUAAAUACUGUUCUUUCCUAUUUGUGUUCACAAACUGGUGGUUAGGCAGACAUGUCGGCACUUAACUCAACUGACUCCCUGAACAGACAGUUCCCUGUCUACCAGUGGUUGUGUCCAGUGGUGCAAAGUACUUAAGCAAAAAUACUUCAAAGUAUCUACUAGUUUUUUGAGGUAUCUGUACUUUACUUUACUAUUGAUAUUUUUUUACUAUUGAUACUCCACUACAUUCCUAAACAACAUAAUGUACU